CGCUUUCUAUCACACAACGUCAUCGCGUCCCUUGCGUGUGUGUGCGUGUGAGAGAGAGAGGAAUUCGAGAAGGUGGCGAAGAGAGAGAGAGAGAGAUUGUGAAAUCAUGAAAAUGGUUUGUUGUUGUCUGAAGGAAUAACCUAUGCGACAAAAAAAAUGUAUACAAUUCAACGGCGAUCUUCUUUUGCGUCGUCCCGGGGUUGCAGUUGGGGCUAAGGAAGGCUAAGCUGAUUGCUGCUGGCUGGUGACUUCCCUUAGAAGCUGGUGUUGGACUGGAGCAGCCAGCUAGGGCCAUGAGCCAGAAGUCCCUCUUCUCUCUGUGGACCAGAGCCAACAUGGAGGUUUAGACCAGACAGACGCCGAGCAAGUGUUCAGUGCUGUGGGUCCUCUGCCUGGGAAUGGAGUGGUGUCAGCUGCAGACUGGAUGACAGGGUCUUCAGGGGAUAGCCCACCACUAAUCCGUUACGUUACGGUAACACUGACGGCGAGAGACAUCCUCACCCCGGCGACCACAACAGAAUCUACCUCUUUUUCCUCAUCCGACUCUAUCUGGACUCUCUCCUGGUCCCCUCUACUGCCCCCUCCUUCCCUUCCCUCUCCUCUCCUCCUCUUUCCCUCACCUUCUCUCCUCCCCUCCUCUUCCCUCUCUCAAUCUCUUCCUUCUCUCCUACCUUGUUGUCCAUGUGCCAGCACCUCUCUCCUGCUGCUGUCUGAACCCUGAACAUUGGCCUCUGACCCUUGAUCCCUCUGGAGGUCAGGAUGAGCUGGCUGAGCCGGCUGACCCCCCGGGGUCCGGGGGGCAGGUCCAGUAGGAACGUAGCCUCUUCCAGUCCCUGUACUGCUGACCCAGAGACCUGCCUCAUGGUGUUCGAGAACCACUGGAGACAGUUGUCCUGGGUGCUGGAGCAGCAGGAGCCGUCAGGAUGUAGCGAUGACCUCACCGCGGUGCGGAACCACACCGAUCAGAUGCUGUGCCUCCUGGCUGAAGAGCGACCGGGAGAAGUGGGCGAGGGCCCCCCCGGGACGUUAACUUCCGGGAACGUCCCCCCGGUGGGACCCAUCCUGGGUCUGGUGGUGACCGAGAACGUCCUGGAGCGAGUGGUGCAGUGGCACCUGCGUCGCGGAUUGGACCCCGACAGCCAGGGGGCAUUGCUCAAGCUGUUCGAGAUGCUGAUAGGCCAGUCUCAGCAGCCCUUGCUCCAACACAAGGCGGUGCUGCAGCCUCUACUGGGUCUGCUGGGGGCCUGUGCUGAGCCCCAGCUGGGCUGCCCUCCUUCUCUGGAGAACAGUCUGGUACUGCUGCUCAACCAGAUCUGUGUGUCGAUGGCGCGUGCCCCUGCGGUGUUGGAGCUGUUGUUUAGGUCGGCCCCGGCCCAACACGGUCCUACCAACCUGCUCAUCUUCUCCCUGUUGGUCCCCUUCAUCCACCGUGACGGAGCCAUCGGACAGCAGGCCCGGGACGCCCUGCUCCUCGUCAUGGCAACCUCCGCCAGCAACCAGGGCGUGGCACGCUACAUCGCAGAGAACUCCUACUUCUGCCCAGUGCUGGCCACGGGCCUCAGUGCUCUCUACUCCUCCCUGCCGAGGAAGAUAGAGGUACGGGGGGAUGACUGGCACGCUCUGCGCAGGGAGGACUGGAUGGGUGUGUCUUCUCUGGUGCUCUUCAUGAACUCUCUGGAGUUCUGUAACGCUGUCAUUCAGGUAGCUCACCCCCUGGUCCGCAGCCAGCUGGUCGACUAUGUCCACAACGGCUUCCUGGUCCCUGUCAUGGGACCCGCCCUACACAAGUCAUCUGUAGAUGAGAUGAUAGCCAGUACAGCCUACCUGGAUCUGUUCCUGCGCAGCGUGACGGAAACAGCUCUCCUCAAAACCUUCCUACGCUUCAUCCUCAUGCAUCGCCAUGACAACGACACCAUCCUGGACACCUUGCUAACGCGCGUCAGCAGCAACUCCAGGCUGUGUAUGGUGUCUUUGAGCCUGUUCAGGACUCUGCUCUCUCUCAACUGUGAAGACCUCAUGUUGCAGCUCGUUCUCAGGUAUCUUCUACCCUGUACCCAUGUGAUGUUGAGUCAGAGGCGUGCCAUCAGGGACACCGAUCUCUAUGGUAAAUCAGCUGACAAGUUCCUGUCCCUCAUCCCAGAGUGCUGCCGCCUCAGCGUACUGCCCUCUGCUGAGCGGGAGGAAGAACCAGCCUUCUGGGGAAAGGUACUGAAUAGCCCCAGCUCAGAGUCUCCUGUGCACCCCAAACCGAGCACUCCGUCCCGCCUGGCCCUCUUCAUGCGCCAGCAGAGCACUGCACUACCUUUCACCCCCUCCCCCACUGAGACGGUCCCCUCGUCCCCCCGCGGGGGCCCUAGCACCCCCCUGUCCCCCGACAGCCCCAUGCACCCCGUCCCAGAGGGGCUGGACUGGGAGUCGGGGUACCUGGAGUACCUCAGGGACGCCCGUAGGGGGGUAGAGCUGUGCUCCUGGGCCUGCCGGAACUGGUCAGCCCCCUACGACGGAGAGGACCCCUCACCGAACACGGCCCCUCUACCGCCCCCUCCCCCCACCUCCAACCCCUCCCUGGCCAUGUUCCCAGAGCACUUCUCCUUCCAGCAAGGAGGAGGAGGUGGUAGUACCUCCCACAGCCAGCAGAGGGCAGCGGUGGUGGCAGCAGCGCGGUCAGAGUGGAGCAGUACAGAGAGGGACAGUGGAGAGUGGGACGUCACCAUCGGUAAGAACAACUGUACCAUCAGUCUCACGCCCCGCACCAAGAAACGCAGCCUGCAGAGAGAGGAGGUCCCCCUCCCCAAACCUCUCCACCUCCCUCCUGACUCUACCUCUGCCUCCGUCCCUGACCCCUCUGCUGCCCCCCACCUCCCCUCCGGCCCCUCCAUAGGCCCUCACCAGGCCAUCUUCAAUGGAACGUCGUUGGGGGGUCAGGAGGACGGGUGUCCAGACAGCCGGGAUGGAGGGAUGGAGGUUAAGAAGGUGAAGAGAGAUUUGGACGAGCAGCAGCAGCACGGAGACUCUAGUCAGAAUGUUGCAGUAGGUGCCAGCCCAACCCCGGUCCCUACCCCGGCCCAGUCCUGUGGGCCCCUACAGGGGUUGCACAGGGAAGGGAAUGGAAGUGUGACUGGGGAAAACUCCAGGCGUCUAACAUCACACGUACAGAGUCACACCCGGGAUCAGCCUGCUCCGUGGACUCCAGCAUCCUGUGCCAACUCCUCCAACGUCAGCCUGACCCCUCAGGUCCCUGGAUCGGGACCUCCAGAGGCAAUGCUCUCUACCCAGUCAGAAGCAGUGGAGCGGCUGAUCUCUGAGCUCCUGGAUGGGGCUGGACCGGGGGAGGGGGGGCAGCAGGGGCCUGGAGACUCCAAUGGCCAGGGCAUCAGCAUCGAGGCCUUCACCCAGGAACUCCGGGAGCUGGAGGAGAGGGUGAGGGAGAGGAGCAGGGGGGUGGGGCUUCUCAGACAGCUGGAGGAGACCACCAGAGACCCCGACUCAGAGGAACCACUGCCCCCCUCACCCCUGGACGCUGACCUGAUUGGGACUGGGGCAGGGGCUGGAGUGGAGCCCAAGGUAGUGGGGUCAGCUGUGGGGCUGUUCAGCCCUGCCAGGCCUCUAGGACAGCCAUCCGCUCAGCCCUACACAGGUCCGUUUAUGGUGGUUCUGUUUGCCAAGCUGGAGAACAUGCUCCAGAACUCUCUGUAUGUGAACAUCUUGCUGACAGGGAUCCUGUGCCAGCUAGCCUGCUACCCUCAGCCCCUGCUCCGAUCCUUCCUCCUCAACACCAACAUGGUGUUCCAGCCCAGCGUCAAGUCUCUCAUACAGGUUCUGGGCUCAGUAAAGAACCGCAUUGAGGUGUUUGCAGCAUCCCAUGAGGACUUCCCUGCCAUGCUGAGGAAAGCCCAGCGCUACCUGGUCGCCAGGGGCAAGGUGGACUGGGCUGACUCUUCCCCCAUGGGGGUACCCACCCUGCGACGCUCUGAUUCCCUGGUGAAGAGCCGGAAACCUUCGCUAGGAGACCUGAUCAUGCGACACACCAACAGCCCCACGCGGGCACGCCACGCCGCCCAGCUUGCCCUGGCCCACGUACGAGACGGCGGCCAAUCGCUGCACAGUGCCCUGUUCCGGGGAGGGACUGGGGGAGGGGCGUCGGGGCUGGAGAAACAGGUGGAGGCUCUGAGGGUGAAGAACGCCGUCUACUGCGCCGUCAUCUUCUCUGAGUUCCUCAAGGAGCUGGCCGCUCUGGCCCAGGAGCACGCCGUCUCCAUGCCCUUCCUCCAGAGCCACGACACUGAGGAGUGAUGCUGUCAGUCUCCGUGCCCUUCCUGAGGAGA